AAAUCUUUUCAACUCCUUUCGGAGAUUGAAAAAUAAUGCUACAAUUACUUUCCAUCAACAUUGAAAUUAUGGUUUUGUUGUAAUUACGGGAGCAAUUUUCUCAUUAUAAAUUGAACGUAUUUGAAAAACAUUAUUAAUAACUGCAAGCAUUAUGGAAAGUAAUAAUAAACCUCUACGUACCGGUGUUGCCGAAAUUUUGAUCAAAAAUUUUUGGUGUCGAAUAAUGGCCGAACUAUAUGAAGAUUCAUUGAAAAUCACAUUGAAAGAAUCAUUGGAAAGAAUAGCCGAUAAUGUGAAUGAUUUCGAGAUACCCACAGAAAGUGAUGAUCUGGCCAAUCGUAAACGAACAGUAACAAUUCGUAAGAAACCCAGUGAAGGUUUAGGUAUCAGUAUCAAAGGUGGUAAAGAAAAUCGAAUGCCCAUAUUGAUCUCGAAAAUAUUCCGUGGUUUGGCUGCUGAUUCUACUUCUCAAUUAUAUGUUGGCGAUGCUAUAUUAGCCGUUAAUAAUUGUAAUUUACGUGAAGCUACACACGAGGAAGCCGUUCAAGCAUUAAAAAAUGCCGGUGAAAUAGUCAACCUUGAAGUGUGCACAUCUUAUUCACUCAUAGUGAAAUAUUUGCCCGAAGUGGUUCCAUAUUUUCGGAAGGCUUCAAUAUUGACCGAUAUUGGAUGGACAUUACCCGAAACCAGUCUGAAAAAUUCGAAUACAUCAGAAAACUCACAGGAAACACGUCUAGAAAGUCUAAAUAUUACUACCGACGCAGCAAGCCAAGCAAUUCCAAAACAGAGUUCUCAACAUUCCAAAAUUGAAUCAAAAGUGAUACCCUUAACGGGUGUAUUCGUUCGUCGAAUUCAACUCGCUCGAACCUCACAGAAUUCACAAAACAUUUCUAAACAGAAUAAAUCUCCCUAUUAUUCUCCUGAAUCUGAUUACAAUUCAGCUACAGCUGAUAUUUCUAUUACUGAAUCGUCGACAAAUCGAAAGAUAAAUGAUCCAUCAUUAGUUCAACAGGUGAUCAUUAUACAAUCACCAAAUUUAUCGAAAGCAUGUAUCAUACGUUUUUAUAAUGAAUCUAAGUGCACUUCUUGGUUCUGUGCAAUUCAUAAAAUUGUUCAGGAUUUGAAUACAAAAAUUAUAAAAAAUGUAAACAAGCAAAAAACAUUUGGUUAUUUCGAUAAUUCCCGAAUUACUUACAUUGGAUGGUUCUUAGAACAUAAAGACUACAUCAUUCCAUACAACGAUUCCAGUGAUCUUAAACUUGAUUCGAUCAAAAACAGUAGCUGUUCAACGCAAUCGGAUAAUGUAUCCCUCUUUGAGCAAUAUGAACAAACGUCAAAAUGGCGACCAUUAUUUUUGAUAUUGACUACAAGAGACUUAUAUUUUUACGAUAAGUUUCCUUUCAUCGGAAACGAAUUGAUUGAAUAUAAAUUCUUAUGGCCAUUAUUACAGACAAGAUUUAUUUAUUUAAGCAAUAAUAAUAAUCAAACAAUGAAAGCUGAUAAUGAUCAGGAAUUUUUGCCAGACAAUUCCCUUAAAUUCCAUAAAUUACAGAAUUCUUCCCAAUCUUCGUCAUUAUCAUCAUUAUUACAAGAUAGUUCACUUGCUACAACAGCAACGCAGACUUUAUCUAACAGUGGUGAUUGUGACUUUAAUCCAUUGCCAAUUAUAUUUAUUCUUCGUACUGGUACGAUUACGGGAAUUCAAUCUCGUUUAUUUAACGCUCAGCUUUACACUGAGAUAAGCAAUUUUUCCAAGAAAAUCAUUCUAUGUACAUUCGAUUAUGUACGUCAAUUGAAAAAUAUUUCGUUUGCUUGCCUAAUGGAUGAUGACUCUAUUGAAUGUAUUCUUCGGCUUCAUUACAAAAAAGGUAUUACCGUUACUGAAACACGAACCGGUCGAAUAAUGCAUCAGAUAUCAUUCCAACAACUUCGUUCAACUAAUGAUGAUGGCAAUAAAAUGAUCAUAUUUUUAUAUGAUCAAGAUCAAAAGUUGGAAUUGAAUCUUGUUCAAAAUGCUCAAGCAUUCGUUUUUAUACUUCAUUCCUUCCUUGCGGCUCAAGUUACUGAGCUUAAUCUAAAUUUUCAAAAUUCAACAACAUAAAUACGUUUAAAUUUUUUUUUUAUUUUUUUAAUAAAUCAUAAUUGAUAAUU